ACGGUCUUAGACAUCCGAUGGAUUUGAUAGCUUCAUCCCUAAGAAUUCACGCAGAAAUCACGAAGAUCAUCUCUUUCUGUCGUUCUAUAUAAAAGGGGCAGCGCGGGAUGCGACCGAAGUCCAACAUGCUGAGAAUCACGAUCGCGCCAUUUCUCGUUCUUUUGUUAUCGAUCUCGGCAUUCUCCUGGUUCGCUGUUUCCAUGGCUGAUCGGGAGGUGGUCGUCGAAGGCGGAGAGCCGUCGAAGGCGGAGGUCCACAUCGUCUACACCGAGAAACCCGAGGGCGACGAGCCCGAGGCGUCCCACCUCCGCACUCUCGCCACUGUCCUCGGCAGUGAGGAGGCCGCCAAGGAGUCGCUGUUGUACGUGUAUAAGAACGCUGCCACUGGAUUCUCUGCUAAGCUGACCCCAGAGCAGGUUGCUGAGCUCUCUAAACAGCCAGGUGUUCUUCAGGUGGUUCCAAACAUGAAACUUCAGUUGCACUCCGGACCUGGGAGGCUCCACUUGACUUAGAGCUUUUAACUUUCUAUACCAGGCCAAACAAUGCUAAAGGUCCUGGCUUUUCUGUUUUAUGUAAAUAAGUGUGAUACAGGUCAUGCCCUCUACUUCCAAUAAUAUUUGGACAUUUUA